CUCGACAUCUUUGGGGUUCAUGAAGUCCGGGCAGAGACAUGGGGACGGUUCGUGGGGUUUUAUUAAUUCUCUGCCUUUUUCAAGGAACUUUUGGGCUUUCUUCUUCAGAUGCGUUGUGUUCUGAAGGUCAAUGGCAUUGUAAUGAUGGGCCAUGCAUCUCCAACUCCCUGCGCUGUGAUGGACACGGUGACUGUUUAGAUGCCUCAGAUGAAUACGGCUGUGAGAACAAAUUGCAGAUAUUGAGCUUAGAAGACAAAUCUCUUGUUCUUUGGGACCUGCAGACAGGACAACGUGAUGUUCUUGUUUCCACUCAUGGCUCAGCUGUUUCAAUUGCCUACAGUUUUGCCCAAAAAGAGUUCUAUUGGGUUAACAGAAUGGGCAAGAUUAAUGUGUAUAUGCAGAAGAGCAAUAAAACACAACUACUCUACUCGGGUGUCACAGGAGUUCAGAGUCUUGCAGUGGACUGGCUGACGGAUCAGUUAUAUUGGAUUAACCCAACAGACUUGGCUAUUUGUGCCGGAGCUAGUGAUGGAACUGGAUUUGUGAUGAUUCUGGAGACGAUGAUGAACCCCACCGGGCUUGUUCUGCACCCACCUACCAGCAACAUGUUUUGGAUGAAUCGUGAUGAAAGUGGGCAGAUGUUUCUAGAAAGUGCAGCCAUGGAUGGGUCUUUAAGAAGGACCCUUGCUAUCGUUACUGCUGAAGAGACAAAGGCGUUGACUGUCGACUCUGUCACAGGGAGACUGUUCUGGAUUAGCAAAUACAAAGAGUCUAUUGAAACCGUAUUCCUUGAUGGUAGUGGACGCUUCUCCAUCUUGGGUGCUUUCCCAAGGGGCACGGAAGUGCUAGGAUUUGCCUCAUUUCAAGAGUGGUUCUACUGGUCUGAUGGAAAACAGUUGUGGCAGACUUCCCGCAACUCUCCACAACAAAGCACAGCCCUGAUACAGUCCUCCAGCUCCUUACUGGCGAUUUUUCAUCCUCUUCAGCGGACAAAUGCCUCUGCCUCUCCAUGUGCUCAUGCUGCCUGCAGCCAUGUUUGCUUGCCAUCCCCUCACAGGGUGCCUGGAUACAUAUGUGCAUGUCCAGAUGGGAUGAUUCUCCGAUCUUCUGGUAAAUGUGAAAAUCUGGUAGUCCUGUAUGCAACAGUAAAUCAUUUACAUAAGCUAGAGUUUGAUGUAACGGGUGUUAAAAAGAUCAAAGUCCUUGAUUUACCUGAAGCCAUCACCUCAUUUGACUUUGACUGGAAAAGGAACUGGAUCUACUGGAUUAAUGCUACAGGCCAGCUGACGAGGCUGAAACCCCAGCUGAAUCAGUCGGAAUUGAUUCACACCCCUGUACCAGUGUGCUUCCUGAGAGUUGAUCAAGAAGAAGGAAGUGUGUACUGGCUGUCCUGCAGUGGCCAUCUAAUUGGGAUGAAUAAAGUCAACAGUCAUUUGCCUAAAACUCUCUAUGAUACCACAAGAGUGAUUACAGAACUCCACCUUGACUGGAUGAGAGGGUCUUUAUUUUGGAUUGAAGACAGACGAAUCCUGAGGAUGAAUUUAACGGAUUGGCGAGUGUGGGAACUAUUAGAUGCUUCUGAAGCAGAGCUUGGCCAUCUGGUUCUGGACAUAAAAUCAAACCGCUUAAUUUGGAAUGAUCAAAAUGCAGGAAUGAUAAGCCUAAGUAUACCUAGAAAUGAGGUUACCUUCUUAAAUGGUAGUUGGAGUUCAGUGGAGUCUCUGGUAGCUGCAUAUGACCCCUACCUAUUAUCUCUACAAGGCAGAGGUCUCGUUCUUUGGAACAGCAGGCGGACAAGAAGUGUGUCUGCCAUUGAGGUGGAGCAGCUGAAUGCUAAAGCAGUGAUGAUGAUGGACUCUGAGCAAACUGAUGGUCAGACUUUGAGCUCUGUUGCUAAGGUUUGUCCAAGGACUUUUAUGUCUUGCCUAGAUGGAAGUAAAUGUAUUCCAUAUGACCAUUUUUGUGAUGGGGAUAAAGACUGCAAAGAUGGAUCAGAUGAGAAAAACUGCAGGGAAGGCUGUAACCAACCCGAGAACUUCCAGUGUCUAGAUGGAAAGAAAUGUAUAGACCCUGCAAUGGUCUGUGAUGGAAAUGCCCAGUGUUCUGAUGGUUCAGAUGAGGCCAACUGCAAUAAAGGGAUACAGGCCUGUGACUUUACCUGUGAUAAUGAGAAGUGCUUUCCUCUUAAUGUCAGAUGUGAUGGGGUGCAAAACUGCCUUGACCUAACCGAUGAGACAGACUGCGAAAAUAGCAUUCCUAUCCUUCCUGCUCGUGCCUGUCCAAGAACGUCCGUGUCUUGUCUGGAUGGCGACGAUUGCAUUUUCUUAACCCACUUGUGUGAUGGAGAUCUUGACUGUAAAGAUGGAUCUGAUGAAGAAAACUGCCGGAUGGACUGUAGAAAACCAGGGUACUUCCCGUGUGGGAAUGGAAGCAAGUGCCUGAGAUCUGGGCAAGUCUGUGAUGGCACUCCACAGUGUGAGGACCAGUCUGAUGAAGCCAACUGUCGACGGCCAACAGAAUGUGCUUUUCUCUGUCACAAUGGAAGGUGCUUGCCUUCUCAUAUGCAAUGCGAUGGUAAAGAAGACUGCGCUGAUGGGUCAGAUGAAGAGAACUGCAUUCCAUCAGAUAAAAGUGACCUUUUCCAAAAGGUCCAGACUCCCACCUGCCUGAAUGAGUCUGUGCUUUGCCCAGGUGAAGGAAUCUGCAUUGCAAGGCAGAAACUUUGUGAUGGUGUGGAGGAUUGUUCAGAUGCCUCUGAUGAAAAAAACUGUUUGCAGCAAUGCAAUGCAGGUUAUUUUCGAUGUCCUGAAGGAAAAUGCAUUAAAACACAGCUUGUGUGUGAUGGAAUUCCACAAUGUUUUGGUGGCUCAGAUGAGCAAGAUUGCCCAGGGAAGCAAUGCGCCUUCUCCUGUGACAAAAACACCAAGUGCCUUCCUGAAACUGUCCGCUGUGAUGGAAGAAAAGACUGUAAGGAUGGGUCUGAUGAAGUCAACUGCAACCAAAAAGUUGAAGGCAGGCCCAAUGGUGUUCCUGCCCGUAUUUGUCCCCGGACAUUUGUGACUUGUAGUGAUGGAAGCGAUUGUAUCCCCAAUAGCCACCGGUGUGAUGGGGAUAAAGACUGCAAGGAUGGCUCAGAUGAAGCAAAUUGUCCUCAAGGUUGUAACAAUCCAGAAAGCUUCCGUUGUCAGGAUGGGCAAAAAUGUAUUGAGCUGGGAAUGGUCUGCGAUGGUGAAGCGCAGUGUUUUGACCGCUCGGAUGAGGUCAACUGCCAGAAAGCGGUGGAGAGCUGUGGUCUAAUGUGUGAUAACAGCAAAUGCCUUCCUCUUCAUAUGAAGUGUGAUGGAGUGCUAAACUGCCUGGACCAAAGCGAUGAGAGCAAUUGUCAAAUGGAAAACAGACCUCCAGUCAGUCCUGCGCGCAACUGCCCAAGGACAUUUGUAUCUUGUCGAGAUGGCAGGGAUUGCAUUUCCCACAGCCACUUGUGUGAUGGAGAUUUGGAUUGUGAUGAUGAGUCAGAUGAAGAAUACUGCCGAGCAGACUGUAGCAGACCAGGUCAUUUCCAGUGUCUGGAUAAAAAGAAGUGUCUAAAGCUAAAGCAGGUCUGUGAUGGAGUUCCUCAGUGCGAAGACCAGUCUGACGAGGUCCGAUGUGAGAAGCCAGUGGAGGACUGCGGCUUCGUCUGUGGAAAUGGACAAUGCCUACCCCUGCGUAAACAGUGUGAUGGCAAGGAGGACUGUGGAGAUGGGUCAGAUGAGGCAGACUGUGUCCCAAAGGUUCUAGCAACCAGCAGCCCAUCACCACUAACCUGCCAGAAUUUGUCUCGUCCCUGUCUGGAUCAGAAAGGCUGUUUUACUCCAGAACAGAGUUGUAAUGGUGUGAGUGAUUGCCAAGAUGGCUCUGAUGAAGCCAACUGUCAAGUGCUGCUGUGUAUGCCAGGAUUUUUCCAGUGUUUGGAUGGGAAAUGCAUUGAAGAGCAACUGGUGUGUGAUGGAACCCCACACUGUCCCAGUGGCUCAGAUGAGCAAAACUGCACUGUGAGGCCUUGUGCUUUCUCCUGUGAUGAAAACACCAAAUGCUUCCCUGAAAGUGUACGCUGUGAUGGCAAAGUGGAUUGUGGGGAUGGAGCUGAUGAAGCCAGCUGUAAUGAAGAAAAUGUUGGUGUGUCAGUCCUAAAAAUUCCAACUGCUGUUCCCACUCGUGUUUGUCCCUGGACAUUUGUGACUUGCAAAGAUGGGAGCGAUUGUAUUCCCAAUAGCCACCUGUGUGAUGGGGACAAAGACUGCAAGGAUGGCUCAGAUGAGGCAAAUUGUGUUCAGGGUUGUAAUAAACCAGAAAACUUCCGUUGUCUGGAUGGACUAAAGUGUGUUGAGCCCAGAAUGGUCUGCGAUGGCAAAGCGCAAUGUUUUGACAGCUCAGAUGAGUCCAAAUGCCAGAAAGCUAUGGAGAGCUGCGAUUUCCUCUGUGACAAUGACAAAUGCUUUACUCUUCAUGUGAAGUGUGACGGAGUGCUAAACUGCCUGGACCAAACCGAUGAGAGCGACUGUAUGGAAAGAAGACCUGAAGGCCUUCCUGUACGCACCUGCCCAAGGACAUUUGUGUCUUGUCGAGACGGCAGUGAUUGCAUUUCCAUUAGACACUUGUGUGAUGGGGAUUUGGAUUGUGCCGAUGAGUCAGAUGAGGAAUACUGCCGAGCAGACUGUAGCAGACCAGGUCACUUCCAGUGUUUGGAUAAAAAGAAGUGUUUGAAGCUAAAGCAGGUCUGUGAUGGAGUUCCUCAGUGUGAUGACCAGUCUGAUGAGGCAAAAUGCAAGAAGCCAGUGGAAGAUUGCGGUUUCUUCUGUGGCAAUGGACGGUGCCUUCCUGCACAUGUGCAGUGUGAUGGCAAGCAGGACUGUGCAGAUGGAGCCGAUGAGAGCAACUGUGUUCCCAAGGUUAUAAGCAUGGCAACCAGCAGCCCACCACCACUGACCUGUCCAAGUCCAUCUAGUCCCUGCCUUGAUCAGAAAGGGUGUGUUACUCCAGAGCAGACUUGCAAUGGUUUGAAUGAUUGCCAGGAUGGCUCUGAUGAAGCAAACUGCCCAGUGCAGCCUUGUAAAAAACCAGGUUUUUUCCAGUGCGCUGAUGGGAAAUGCAUUGAAGAACACUUGGUGUGCGAUGGAUUCCGUCAGUGUUCUAGUGGCUCAGAUGAGCAAAAUUGCCCAGUGUCACCUUGUGCUUUCACAUGUGACAAAAACACCAAAUGCUUCCCUGAAAUUGUGCUCUGUGAUGGUAAAGAAGACUGUGCAGAUGGAACUGAUGAAGCCAAAUGUGCUUCCAUAAAAAGUCUUCCUACUGCUCCCAUACCCCUGAAAUGCCCAAGGACAUUUGUCAUGUGUCGCGAUGGCAGUGACUGUAUUCCCAGUGACCAGAUGUGUGAUGGUGACAAGGACUGCUCUGAUGGGUCUGAUGAGGUGGACUGCUCUGAACAAUGUCAGCCAGGUUACUUUCAGUGUCAAAAGGGGAGAAAAUGUAUUGAAGACAGACUACGCUGUGAUGGCUUUCCACAGUGUCCUGAUGGCUCAGAUGAGGUUGGCUGCAGGAAACCCACAGAGACUUGCGCUUUUCACUGUGAUGGCAAUUCCCAUUGCUUUCCAGAGACUUUCAAGUGUGAUGGAGAACGGGACUGCCUAGAUGGAACUGAUGAAGCAAACUGUGCUCAUGAAGAGUGUGGCCAGGAAGAAUUCCAGUGCAGCAAUGGGCAGUGCAUUUCUUCUUCUUUACGAUGCGAUGGGGGUGCAGAUUGCAGAGAUCACUCCGAUGAGUUGAACUGCUUCAAACUACCUCACUGUCCUUCUGAAAGAAGGUGUCCAGACAGCAAAGAGUGUCUUCUGGAAGAGUGGCUGUGUGAUGGAGAGCGUGACUGUGAAGAUGGCUCAGAUGAGAAGGCAUGCAAGUGGCCUGAAGUGACAUGCAAUCAAAACCAAUGGACUUGUGCCUCCAACACCCAGUGCAUUCUGAAAGAAUGGCGCUGUGAUGGGCAGCUGGAUUGCAGAGAUGGCAGCGAUGAAGCAGGGUGUGUCCGGAGUUGUGGCAGCCACCAUUUCCAGUGCAAUAAUGGAGAGUGUCUCAACACCAGCUUGGCAUGCAAUGGGAGGACUAAUUGUGUGGAUGGGUCUGAUGAAGGUGGCGACUGUAAGAAAAACUGCAAGAAGCAGUGUUCUCAGAUCUGUUACAAGACCCCAGCAGGACCAAAAUGUGCAUGUAAUCCCGGAUUUACACUAGCAAAGGAUGGAUCAUCAUGCAUCGAUAUAAAUGAAUGUGCAGUCAUGUCCCCAAAUGUCUGCAGCCAGACUUGCCGCAACUCAGAGGGCUCCUACACUUGCGAUUGCCUCUCUGGUUACCUGCUGGAAGCCAAUGGACACAGCUGUAAAGCAUCUGGAAAAGAACCCUUUUUGCUAGCAGCUGUUCAAUCCGAUGUCCUCUUGUAUGGCUUGCAAAGUGCCAAGGAAGACGUUCUUGUAUCCACAGCCAGAAACAUGAUCUUCUCUCUGGACUAUGACUGGAAGGCGCAGAGAGUCUUCUGGCUGAGUCUUGGUUCACAGAGCAUCAAGUGGAUUUCGAUUGACCAAAAACAAAAAGGGACUUUAGUGAAAGGUAUCAAAUCUGAUUGCAUUGCCGUUGACUGGGUUGGCAGAAACCUGUACUGGACAGAUGGAAUAUCGGGUCAGAUUGUGGCUGUUAGCAUGUAUUCAACUGCGGCAGUGCCUACAAAUUACACAGUUGUAUUGGAUGAAGACCUUGACCAGCCUCGUGCUCUUGUGCUUAAUCCUCAUAGUGGAUUCAUGUACUGGUCUGAAAUAGGAGCAGAUCCACAAAUCGAGCAAGCAGGCAUGGAUGGCUCAAGUCGGAAAGUGUUGCUUUCAAAGGGGCUUGGUUGGCCGAUCAGCUUGGCACUUGAUUUCAUAACUUCACGGCUUUACUGGUCAGAUGACAAGUUAAAAAGCAUUGGCUCAGUAAAACUAGAUGGCACAGACUUCAAGCUGAUGCAGUUGGAAGAGUCGCCGAGUCCUUUGUCGCUGUCAGUAUUUGAAGGGUUUCUCUACUGGUCUGACACUAAAAAGCGAGUAAUUCAACGAGCUGAUAAAUCUACUGGCAAGAACAGAAAAACUCUCCUUAAGAGGCUUGGCCAACCCUUUGGACUAAAGAUCAUGCAUGAGGUCCUUCAACCAGUGUUGCCAAAUCCCUGCCAGAAACUCGAAUGCUCCCACAUUUGUCUGACUGGACCAGAGCAAAAGGCCAUUUGCCGUUGUCCUCCUGGACUGAUUUUGGAAACUGACAAGGCAACCUGCACUCUUCCAAGGGAUACAGCCUUUCUGUUUGUGGCCUCAUCAACGUCUAUCACACAGGUUUACCUGAGGAGUAUUCAGUCAACUAUAGGAAUGAAGAUCAUGCCCGAGCACAAGGUGUUUUCCGUUCCUGUAGUCAACCAGAUCAGCGCCGUGGAUUACAUACUAAAAAACCACACUCUGUUUGUGGCAGACUCGGAGGGGCAGUUCAUCGGUCAAUUCAAGCUUAAGGAGCCGUCGCUUGCUUUCCGUGGAAAGGUGCUCCAGAUGGACAGAGUCAUGGUGACUGCAAUGGCUGUUGACUGGAUAACUCUGACUCUCUACUGGAGUGGCGGUUUCCCUGCUUUCAUUUGUGUAACGUCUGCCAAUGGUGCUUACACUGCAACUGUACUUGAAAACCUUAACCAGAUCAACUCCAUUGCUUUGCACCCACCCACGGGGUACAUGUGCUUUUCUGAGCUGGAUGUGAAAUGGAACAAAUUUAAGAUUGAAUGUUCAUUUAUGGAUGGAAAGAACCGAAAACUGGUGUGGAGUGAAGGAAGCAGGCCUCGUAGCUUGGUCUUCUCAGAAUCUGGUGCUGUGCUUUACUGGGCAGAUCCUGGUAUGGGAGUCAUUGGCUCAGUUACUUUAGACGGCUUGAAAUAUAAUGAAUAUCGGACUGGACGUGAUAUCAUUGCUUUUGCAUAUGGCGAUAACCUGCUUUUCUGGACAACUGGAAAUGAUACGGUCAAAAUGUGGUACAGUGAUGGUCUUCAGGCCAAACAUCUGUGGUUUGAGACGAAGAUGAAAAUAGUGGGUCUACAAGUGUUCAGCAAGUACAGUCAGCAAGGUACAAAUGCCUGUGUGCACAAUGGUGGGUGUAACUACUUCUGCCUGCCAUACCCUGGAGGCAAAACCUGCAAGUGCCCUAUAGGCUACCGCUCUGGCGGGGAAGCUGACUGUGUCAAGGAAAUCCGCUGUGCAGAAUUCUCCAAGCCCUGCAGAGAUGGCCGAAAGUGCAUUCCGAAUCGGAGGUUCUGCGAUGGCGAGGAUGACUGUCUAGAUGGAUCUGAUGAGGAGGGCUGUGAUUCUUCAGAUCAGAAGGUAAAAACUGAUCAAAAGCCUAAAGAGAAACCUUCUGCUACGCCAACAAGAGAGCAGCCUCUUCAGGGCUCCCCCAGAGACUUUGUAUACUCGGGAAACCCAACCAUGGCUGCUGAAGAGCUGCUCCGCAACUUGGAGUCCAAGUCAUGUGAUAGAGAGAAGUGCCACUUCAAUGGUGACUGCUACCUGGUCAACGGAAAAGUAAAGUGCAAUUGCUUACUGGGUUAUGGCGGCGAAUAUUGUGGUGGCCCAGUGUUCAAACCUAUAAGUGUGCCCCUCACCCUUGGAGUUGCCUUUGUCCUCUUGGCAUUUUUUGCUGCUGUUGUGAUUUUUGCUGUUGUUCAGAAGAGGAGAAAAGAGGCACAAAGGAAUAAAGAUAAACAAAAAACGGCCAUGAAGGAUAUAGAAGGAGACCAGUUUUCAAGCCAGACGUUUGCAAAUGACAUUUAUGAUGGAGAAGUGGACAUGACCACUCCACUGGAACAGUAAAAGCUGUUAAGGCAAUGUGCUGUAUUAUUGAUGUAAUAAAAGUGAAGAUCUCUUAA